CAUUCACCAUCUAUUCCCAAUCCACAAGUUGCUCAGGCUUCAGCGAGUAUGACCCGAUCUAAGACUUCCGCCCAUCGAUCGUACACCGUACUACGUAUCGAGCCCUGCGUGCAACGUCAUGUCCCCACGCGCGUGCAUACGGCAGUCCACGCAUCCACGCACGCUCCGGGGUUCCGACCCAGUCUUUCGGCUCACAAUACUCACUGCAGCACACCCGCAGCACACCCAAGUGUGCGAACACGCAGGCCAUCUGAUGCCCGCCUCACCGCGACCCCGCGUGCCCCGGAAUUCGGAGAGCUGCACACGCAACACAUUCGAAUGUACGCACGGGCCUCUUUCACCUUCGCUCGUCCCACGACUCCGUCCCCCACCUCUGCCAGUCUUUCCCCCUCUCCGCCCUCCUCCCCACACUCUCUCAUCGUCUUGUGUGUGCGCGCGCACUCUAUCACACACGAUUCAUGCUGCCAACAAUGCUUGCGCGACGUGAAUCGCUCAUACUAGACAUCUAAAAACCCUAAAGACACACUCUAGCUGGUCUCCUUGGGCGGUGCGACGGCGCGCUUACAGCUGCGUGUCAGCAUAACCGUUCAUCCGUGUCAGGCUCCAGGGCCACUUACCAGACUGUCCAUCCGCCCAAAG